AUGAAGCAUCAUGUUCAAGCAAGACCGGGACACACGCGUGUACAAUGGACUUUAGCUAUAUUAGCAAAUUCAACUUUAAUAUUUUACGGCAUGGAGUCAGGUUGGAUGUCGCCAAUGACUAAAGUGCUACAAUCUGAAGAGUCUCCAGUUGGAGCUCCCAUUUCGGAUAAUACAAUCUCUUUGAUAGCAAGCAUUUUAUGUUUCACUGCUACUAUCACUACGUCUAUAUACUCCUACAUAGCUGACAAUUUCGGACGAAAACCCGCUGUGAUAGCUGUGGCUGUACCACAAGCGUUAGCAUGGAUAUGCAAACUAUCUACAUCAACCACAGCAGGACUCAUGGCCGCCCGAGCACUGAACGGCUUUGCUGCGGGGGGUUGCUUUACCAUUGUACCAAUGUACGUAAAGGAGAUCAGCCAGGAUGACAUCAGAGGACUUCUGGGCUCUUUGCUGAUCAUGGGCCAGAACUUGGGGAUAUUUAUUAUGUAUGCAAUGGGAGCGUAUCUGGACUACUACUUAGUUCUCUGGAUUGUCUUCUCCUUGCCGCUAGUGACUGCUAUUCUGAUGUUAAAGGCUCCGGAAUCACCAGCGUAUUUGGUGAAGAAGGGCCAAUUUGAGUUAGCAGCGAAGACCAUAGCUUUCCUCAGAGGUCUGGAAAUUGAUGACAAAAUUGUACAAAAAGAAGUCGACAUCAUGAGGGAUCAAGAAUUUUUUUUCCAAUCGUUACCGAAAAUUUCUUUCUUAUCUAUAUUACGAAACAGAAACUGGCGGCAUAGCGUCAUCCUCAAUGUCUCAAUCAUAGCUUUUCAAGCGUCCAACGGAGUGUUCGCUAUCAUCAGCUACGGUGCCAGCACCUUGGCCGCCAGUGAAGUCAAGCACAGCAUCAGCCCGGAGUUGCAGACGCUGAGCUUUCCUGUUGUGAUGAUUAUAGGGUCUUUCGUCUCCAUGGGCUGCGUGGAAAGAUUUGGACGUAAGCCUCUAUUAGCGGGAACGCUGCUCAUGUCUGCUUGCUCCAUGGGUACCCUGGCGAGUGCUAUGCUCUUACAGUCGUAUGGAUUCACCCCGCCAAUAUGGCUGCCUGUGCUCGCGAUGAUUGCGUCAGUCUUCGCCUUCGCAGCUGGCGUCGCACCGUUGCCUUUCAUUAUUAUGGCAGAGAUGUUUAACUUUCAGAUCCGUGCUAAGAUGAUGGGUCUUGCUGUGACAUUUGCGUGGUUCAUGACCUUCGUUCAAUUGUUUCUAUAUGCGCCGAUUUCCUCAUCUUUAGGACCACACUCCACAUUUUUCUGUUUUGCUGGAGUCAACCUGUUGGGUUUCUUCGUUACCCUGAUUUUCUUACCAGAAACCAAAGGCAAGAGCGACGAAGAGAUUGAGGCUGAACUAAGAAAGAAGUAG